AUGGUGGAAUACUGUUUGCUAGACGUUGGAAUUCGCCCAAAAGUGAACGCCGAGGAAGAAAACUGGGAUGAAAUCAUUCCAAUCAAGCCGUACGAACCAUCCGCUACCUCGUCGCCCAUUCGGUUUAGCUACCAGCGCGUAUCCUACCACAGCCUGGUAGAUCCUGCGGUGGACAUAAAAUCGCUCAUUCGAGAUGUAUCCAGAGUGCCGGAGUAUCGGUUGUGCGAGCGGACCAACUUUUGGGACAGUUCUUCGGUUAUUCUCGGUGUUUUCCUACGUAUGCCUCAAAAUGGAGAAAGCUUCGACUAUGGAUGCUUCGCGCAGCGCCAAAGGUUGAUUCAGCUUCUGUUCACCGAAACUGAGCGUCGUUGUUUCAUAGAAGAUGAAUUAAGCAAAACCACCACGGUUGAAGAUGGGUCAGAGUUAACCAUAGCGCAGUUCUACGAGCAGCUUCGAAUGAGGCACCGCGAACGACAACCACCUGCUGAGAAUAGUACGUUACCUGAAACCAUCGAACACCGAGCGCUCCGGCCACAGCUGCGACCCUACCAACAGCAAGCCAUCCGUUGGUUGAUCGAGCGGGAAACCAUUCCAAUGACAUUGCCGGCACAGUAUUUGCGCCUUCAUAAUGCUGCAGUUCCGGAGCUUGAUUUCUUUGCAGAUCUGUACACCUUCGCCGUGACAGAUGAAGAGCCGCACCCUAUACCGAUUCCCACCGGGGGCAUUCUAGCGGAUGAAAUGGGUUUGGGAAAGACGGUAGAGAUCCUCGCAUUGCUUCUUUUUAACAAACAUAAGAUAAAGCCAAAACAGACAGGGGUAGCCAUACCAAAUCUCACACUAAAUAAGCCGCGAAGCGGUAGGAAGCGUGCACAGUUGAAGUGUAUCUGCAAGCUAAAGCAUGAGAGAAAAACGAUAGCAUGUGAAAUGUGUGGAUUUCUACAGCACCACCUAUGUGUGCUGAAGCAUCAUAAUGUCGAUGUUGCCAGUAACACUAAUCCGUACCUCUGCCCCGAAUGUUGGCGAACCGAACCGUUGGUCGAAUCCGGGGCCACCAUCAUCGUUUCACCCGCUGCCAUCAAGCACCAAUGGGCAAGUGAAAUCCGGAAACACAUCUCGGGUCCCGGCAUUCGGUUGUUCGUCUACAACGGCGUUUCAGAACCGGCCGGCUCAUGGAUCAGCCCUACCGAGCUCUCCUCCUACGAUGUGGUGCUCACCGACUACAACGUGCUAAAGCAAGAAAUAUGGUUUACCAGCGAAAACACGCGCCCUUCACGCCAUGAAAAGCGGUUCCUCAGUCCGGCCAGUCCUUUGACAAUGAUUCGCUGGUGGCGUGUGUGUCUUGACGAGGCACAAAUGGUGGAGAGCAUUACAUCGAACGUAACCAAAAUGGCAAAGGCACUCCCGUCCGUCCAUCGGUGGACGGUAACGGGGACACCGAUCGAGAAAACCAUCAACAAUUUGUAUGGGCUGGUGCAUUACCUCGAUUAUGAGCCGUACAGCAACUAUCCAACCUGGAAGGUGUUUGUGUCGUGCUACCAGAAGGGAAACGCUGAACCUUUGCUCAACGCAAUGGUACGCAUUAUGUGGCGUACGUGCAAGGCGUCCAUCGUGGAUCAACUUGGUAUACCACCACAAACGGAAAGGGUGCACUAUACCACCAUGUCGGACCUGCAGAGACAUUUCUACCGCACCGAGCAUGCCCUGUGCGCGCAAGCAUUCCACGAGAAGGCACGAAAGAUCGGACGAACCCAAUCGAUGGCAGAAAUGAACAUUCCGACGUUAAACGCGCUGAUGGAACCAUUGCGCAAGCUCCGCCACGAUUGUACCAUCCCGUCGAUUCUGCACGUGGCCAACACGCUGCCCACGAAGAAACUUCUUACACCGAGUGAACUGCACGAACAUCUCGUCACGAACAAUGUGAACGAGUGCAAGGCGCAACUACGAUCGGUCGUAUCGGCGAUGAACGGAAUUGCCGGCAUUCACAUCCUCCUGGAGGAGUACAACCAAGCGUUGCGUCUGUACCAGGCCAGUUUGCGCAUGGCUGAUGACUACAAAACCGGCACCAUCACCGUGGAUUCUUUGCUGCAGAUUCACACGCUGCAUAAUCUGCUCGAUCUGGUCCGUUCACAUGGGCCGGCACUUGAACCGGAAAAGCUACCCGAUGAGACCAAACUUCGCGAGUACGAAGAGCAAUGCGCUCGGCUAGAAUGGCGCUACAUCGAGCAGUACGCGAGCAAGGUGCGAGCCGUCGAAACGAAUCUGUUUCCUGCGAUUGCAAAACUGGAGGAACUCAUUUCACAAUCGGAAGCAUCGAAAGGACCCCGGCUUGACGGUAGCUGGUGGAGAGACAUUUUUCACACCUACGACCGUGACCCCACUCGACACAGAGAGUUUCUUAACCGGCUCCUCACCGACAUUCCAAUUGAAAACCGCCCUAGCGCCUGGUGUGGACUCGACCUAUGGCUUAUGAUUUGGUGGGACAAGAUCACCGAACGCCGGCGAACGCUGAAGAAAGGUUUCAAAAAGCUGGAAUUUUUCGUAGAAAAUCUACAACCAAACCAUCGGUGUUCACCGGAAGCGGUGGCUCGUAUCGAGCAGCUCGUUUCAACUGCCUUUGCUUGCCAUCUCGAUCCGAGUCUGGCUACGGAGGAUGCCGAUGGAGACCAAGACGUACGAUAUCCGGCGCCUACCUGUCUGCUUUGCAAAGUAAAGGAUAAACUGAAUCAGUUGGAGGCAGUGCUGUUUCUUACCAGGCAAACACAGGCCGCGACCGGAGGCCUUUGGCAGAUAUCCCCCGGGGAGAUGCUUUUAAAACAAAUAUUAUCGCACGUCAAACGAAGUCAGGAAGGGCUAGACAGUCGAGUAUUGGAAGAAGGCGACCAUUGUUUAGCGUACCUCGAACGCGUUAAGCAGGAGUUCAAGGAAUAUUCGCAAUACUGGGUGGAAAUGAACUACACCGUCGCGGCGUACGACGAGUUGAACAUGUGCAAAUCGCGUAUGCAACUCAUUACCGAAGAGCAGUUUUUUGAACUGAUACGCGCAGAAAAGAAGCGCACACCGAUGCAGCUGGUGUCGAGCGAAUUGGCCGUCCAAAUGCGAGAACUGCAGCUUACGAAGAAUGAAUCCGAACGUGCAUUCGUGCGGCUUCAGGGUACGCUGAAGUAUCUGGCAUAUCUUGGGCAGAAAAGCGACAUCGAUCCGUGUCCCAUCUGCCAAGUGCCCCCAUCUUCAAAAUACGCCGUCCUCCAGUGUGGGCAUCACUUCUGCAGCAUCUGCGCCAUCAACCUACUCAAGAUGGCCCGAGAAAGACAGAUAGUUUGCCACAUUUGUCGCCAUCAGCAGCAUACAAAAGACAUUCAGUACGUUACACUUAUGGCCACCUCAAACCGUCAUCAACAACUCGCGGUUGGAAAUUAUUCGGACAAAAUAUUUAAGAUAGUUGAAACUAUCCUCGACCUAAAGGACCAAGAGCCAGACGUAAAAAUAGUCAUCUUCUCCCACUGGGAACCGAUACUGGUGAAGCUGGAAGUGGCCCUAACGGACAAUAACAUCACAUCGAGACAAAAAUCGAGUAGGUUUAAGGAUAGUAUAAGUGAGUUCAAAGAUCCAGACCUCGGCAUCACCUGCCUGUUGCUGCCACUGCGCUUCGGCUCGAAGGGACUGAAUUUGACCGAAGCGACACACAUUUUCCUAGUCGAACCUAUACUGAAUCCCGGCGAGGAGCUACAAGCAAUCGGACGCAUUCACCGAAUCGGUCAAACACGACCAACGUUUGUCCAUCGUUUCAUCGUUCUCGGGACAAUUGAGGAAACCAUCUAUGAAGCCAUUCAAAAGGAUAAAAGCGGUCGAUGGUUAAGGAAGGAUGUGACAGUUGAACAGUUGGAGGAUCUUUUUUUGCUAAGCGAUGAGCAAAAUGAACUAUAAUAUCGACUGGAAAGGUACGACUCUGAAAAUGUUAUGACAAAUAAAAUUGUUACUAACA